AUGGACUACUCUGCGAUCUCCAACGACCCGGAUCAUCCAGCGGGUGCCUCUCCCUGGGGCUCUCCUCGGCCUGGUGAGGUGAACUUUCCAGCGUCGGCUACCACUGACAUCCCUCCCUCGCCUCUUCCCCCACACCAAUCCCCGUUUGAUGCCGAAUCCCACCCUGCCGACGGCUCGCAAUCCGAGACAGGCCACGGAAUUGGCGGAACCGAGUCCCCCGACCUAUCUGAGAGGUUGCAGAACUCUCACCUUGGAGAUUCGGGAUACAGCGCGGAUCAGCCGCAAUCUGGCGCUCAGCAACCUCCUCGGUCCCAGCCCCCCGCGCAUGCGGGCACGCCGCAAAAUUCCCGACCCUCCGGUCCGGUAUACAAGAUCCAGGCGAGGAUUACAGGGCUGGAAAGGCCAGGCAAGAAAGAUCCAAUCCUUCGUUUCGAUAUCCACGUGAGCUAUUCCCUGAUGAGAAACUGCCCGACCACCAAUAUUCCCAAAUUUAGAACUACGCAAUAUCGCGAUGUUCGCCGGACUCAUGGCGAGUUCAUCAAACUCGCCGAACACCUGAUGUCGGCCAAUCCGGAAGCGAUGGUGCCCGCUGUGCCUCCUCCUCUCACACCAGCCGGUGCGGGGACGGAAGAGGACGAGAUCCGUGUGAAAGCGUCCAUGCAAAAAUGGCUUAACACGAUUUUUGCCAACGAAAUUCUGAUCCAUGACGAUGAAGUGGUUCUUUUUGUGGAAAGCGACUUUGGUUACAGCCCGGUGGUUCGGAUGAAACAACCUGCCACCGGCAUGCGGAGAAAGGUCCUGAAACAGUUCGCUCCGCCGCCCGAUGAUACCCCCGAACUACAAAGCGCGCGGCCCACAGUUAAGAUGUUUUAUCUUGGAUCCAUGGAUACAAGUCACAAGGUUGACCGCGUGGUCAAGGGUCGACGAGGACUUGGACUUGCAGAGUCGGACUUCGGUGUCAAGCUCGGGCAAAUGCAUGUGCAGGAGACCCAUCCCGGCUUGGCCCACGCCUAUCGGAAGCUGGGUAGAGUCAUUCAGACUGUUGGGGACUAUCACGCAGUUCAGGCUACUGCGGAGGCAACGACACUCGGGGAACCUCUCAGCUAUCAUUCUUCAGACGCCUUCAUCGUGAAGGAAACUCUCACAAACCGACACAUCCUCCUUCGAGAGCUGAUCCAAGCACAGCAGACGACCCGCAGUAAGCGAGCUGCGGCAGACCGUCUGAAGGGUAGCUCCUCCGUCCGGCCCGACAAGGUGGACGAGGCGAUCACUGCGUUGGAAGAUGCUCAGAACCAUGAGGAUUGGCUCACCAAGAAGACGCAACGUGUUACCUCGAAUUUACUCCUUGAAAAGCGCCGCUGGUUCCAACGCACUACUGAUGACCUCUUGAUGACACUGCGCGAGUACACGCUACGCCAGAUUGAAGCUGAGCGUCGAACCCUGGCCACGCUGGAGAGCGUGCGACCCGACAUCCGCGCGAUCGACUCUUCUGGAGGACUCAGUCGGUUAGGCCGCGAAUCUCAUCCCACUGGACGGCGCCCGAACAUGGCCUCCAGUCAAGGACCUAAGGGAGACGCGUGGAGCGGUAUUCCUCGUCGCAGCGACAGUCUUGGACGUAGUAUGAGCGGUAGUAUGAUUUCUCCUCCACCGGACGAUGAGGAGGAGGUCAACGGACAGGGCAAGGGCAGGCUACGCUCCACCAGUCGUGUGGGGUCUAUCGUGGAAGAAGAUGACGAUGAUCGGCUUGAUGCCCGGAAUGCCGCGAGUCGGCUGGCUACUAGCACUUUCUGA